AAAUCCUAGCAAUAUACAUCCAAUACACGGGAUUGUAGAUUACACCUGCGUUAUUGUGCCGGAAGUUUGUGUAGGUGCACCUAGUUCAUAAUAUACCUCUAGACCUGGUCCAUAUAUGCGCAUUUCAUUGACUAAGAAUCACAAUUACUGCGUUAUAUUCAUUCGAACUUGCUAAAAUGAGCUUUGUCGCUAACAUUCGCGAUAUAUUAUACCGCGGAGACAACAACAGUCACUGUUGCGAUGUCAAGCCUAGAUCACGUGCAGCGCGUCUGGCCGACGGCAUUCGUCGUCGUUUUUCUUGGCCAUUUGCCCUUAGAAGGGCGGCUGAAUGCUGUGGUGUGGUAGCUUACGUGGGCACUCAGGAGUGUCGUGACAUAUUGUUGGAUGACAUUCAAUCCAUUAAGCACCGUGGUUACGACUCUUGUGGUAUUGGUACUAUGCGAAGUGACGGUUCCAUUGAAGUGACUAAAUGUAGCAGUUACAAAGCCCCUGCAAAUUGUUUUGACCGUCUUCGUGAGCGUUUGGUAGACCGUCACCUGGGUUCAACGAUCGGCAUUGCUCAUACUCGUUGGGCUACUAUGGGUCCGCCAACUGAUGAGAAUGCUCAUCCUCAUUGCGAUCCUAAAGGCCGUGUUGCUCUUGUACACAACGGUACGGUUACUAACACCGUUGAGCUUUUUAAUGAGAUGUGCGCCAAGCUGCGUGAGAAUGGUUUGGAACCUCAUCAGAUAUAUGGUUCCGACAUGCGCUGUCCUGAUUCCGACAGUAGUGCCAUUGCUUACCUCAUUGGCCUCAACUUAGACCUUGGUGCUGACCCUUUCACUGCUAUGAAAACAGUGGUUUCUCGUUUGGAGGGUUCAUGGGCUAUAUGUCUAAUCACUGCAAAUAACCCACAUUCUUUAUAUGUAGCUCGUUCUGGUUGUCCGUUGCUGUUGAUGAAAGAUGACGACACGCGUUCUGUUUAUAUUGCCAGUGAGGCUGUUGCUUUUAUGCACCGUACAGAUUACUUCAUUGUUCUUGAGGAUGGUGACGUUAUGGAGUUGAACUACCCAGUUGUAGAAAAGCUGUUUACUACUCGUGAGGUCUGCCGCAUUACCAAGCAGAUUAUUAGGAGCACUCCCGAGCCACACCAGUUCUGGAUUCAGAAGGAGGUGUUUGACCAACCCCUUGUCGCUCGUGUUGCGUUGCAGCACUUCAAGCUUGUAAACGCUUCUCAGAAGGUACGCCUUCUAAAACAGGAGCUCGAGGGUCUUAUGGACGUUACUUUUGACAGUGAGGAGCACUUCAUUAAGGAGGAGCUUGAGUUGAUAUCCUCAUUGAAUCCUGAUGAUGUUCGUUUCGAGAUUCCUGUCCACGGUGAUGCCAACUUGUUGAAGAACAUUGAGAUGCGUCACAAGAUAAAUCUUGUUGCUGCUGGCAGUUCACACAAUGCUGCCAAAUAUGUAGCUUCAUUGUUUCAGCGUUCAGCUAUGUUUGACCACAUUGAGACCGACGACCCUACGGAGUUGAAGAUGUAUCGAUACACUAACCCCGACUCCACUUUUAUAUAUGUAUCACAGAGUGGUGAGACCUUGGACACGGUUAAUGCCUGCAAUCAGCUGGCUGAGCUCAACCCUAGUGCGUUGAAGAUAGCCUUGCUGAACAACCUCAACACACUAUUGGACCGCUCUUGUGACCUCACUAUGUUGGUUAACAUUGGUCGUGAGAUUUCCCUGGCAUCCACCAAGACGUUCACUGUCCAGAUUAUGUUACUGAUGGCUUUGAUCGGUUACAUUGUGCAGGCUCAGGACCUUGAGAAGCACCAUGAGGAGUUUUUGCGUCAGAUGAAGAAGUCAAUCAUCGGUUACGGUUUGGCGCUGAAAAAAGUGCUUUGUACCGAGGACAUUUGUCAGCGCGUUGCUGAGCGUUUGUGCAAUGUCGACUCUAUGUACGUAAUUGGCUCUGGCGAGGGUUAUGCUAUUGCUCAGGAGGCAGCUUUGAAAUUCAAGGAAAUCACCUACAUACACGCUGAGGGGAUUGCAUCUGGGACCAUGAAGCACGGUAGUUUAGCUUCUAUAGACCCCAAGAAACACACUCCUGUGAUUUGUAUCAUGACUCCUGAUGAGCCAGAGGUUACUGUGAACGCCACUAAGCAGUUGAAGGCUCGUGGCGCUUUCAUUAUCAUGCUUGCCAGCAACCCUGCUAUGGGUGAAGGCAUGGAUGAGUUCAUUCAAAUUCCUGAAUGCGGCAUGCUUACUGCCGCUUGUGCGGUUGUGCCAGUGCAGAUGAUGGCUUACAAAAUUGCUAUGUUGCGUGGUUGGAACCCUGAUACUCCCCGUGGUCUUGCCAAGACAGUUACUGUUGUAUAAUAAUUGCCACAAAGUGCACUUUUUCGGUAUUAAUUUCUU